AUGGAUCCCUUCGACUCAGAAUCUCGGGCUCAGCAGCAUAGCAGUACGCGUACAUCGCGGAAUGGAUCAUCUACUACUCAGAUACCCCAACCUCGCCCAACGGAAGAUGGUAACAGAACUAACUGGCAGAGGAUGCAGCAGGAAGGACCAGACAGGCCACAACGCUCUUCCAGCCUACGUAGUCCGUAUGAAGGGUCCUCUACACUGUCAACAUCUCAGGCACGGCGUGUGGUGCCCCCGAGCCCCCUCUCCAACCUGUGUUGGCCAGACUCAGAUCCUAGUGUCCAACCCCCGCCGCAGGCAGCGCCCAAUCCUACUGAGUCCGUUGCACAAACGUUUCCUCCUGCUUCCUCGGUUUCCCAGGCUCCCCGACUGGAGGACUCGCCCCUAGUGUGCCCACCCACUCCUCGCCUUGGUCCUCCCACAUACCCUGUGCGCUCCUCCACCUCAUGGAGUGUAAUGUCCGGAGAUCACUCUCUAGAGCCCCCUUCUAAUCUCCUUCCUCGUUCUACGCCCCGUAUGCUCUCCGCGAUCUUCCGGAGUCUAACAGAGAGGGAUCAAUCUGUGGAGCGUCCUUCCACUCCCCGUCCGGGCCUCACGCGCCGUCGGAGCCUUUCACCCCGUCCAAGACUCUCGCCCCCUCCGAGCAGACCAAAGUGGACUUACCCGCCCGGCCACCCCGCGCGUGGAUCAGAGCCUCUGGAAGCUCGUUGUUACCCCUCGAGUUCGUUCGGCGAUCUCAGCUCUCUGCGAGGCUGGCUUACCGCACUUUAUGCGGAGAGACCGUGUGAGCCGUUGGCGCCGGCGAGGGCGCACUCGCACAUUCGUCCGCCAUCCCUUUCUCACCAGCACACACACAUCAUGUCCGCCAUCCUCCGUCCACAAGCCGCACGCGCCAUCGCCCGCGCUGCCCCGCUCGCUGCGCGCGCAGCCGCCCCGCAUGCACGCACACUCGCUACCACCCCCGACCCCACGCACCCCACGGAUGGCCCCAGGCCGAACAACAUACCCACCCCGACCAAGGGUGGCAACGGCAUGUACUGGCUAGUGGCCGGUACCGGCGCUGCCGUCGGCGUGUGGUACUACAUGAACAUGGGGACGCCCGAAGACGUCCACGUGCGACGAAAGGCCGAGGAGCAGGAGGUGCGUGUCAAGACGGGCGAGGCCGUCGAUGCAGGGAAGCGCACCGCGAAGGACGCGCUCAAGGAGAGCGAGCAGGAGUAUCAUAACAUCAAGGCAUCCGGCCAAGAGAAGCUCGCGCAGGCCCGCUCCCAGGCGAGCUCACUGGCGAGCGAGACGAAGUCCAGCGCGCAGCAGCAGUACGACGCCGCGAAGGCUUCCGCGGCGAGCACUUACGGCGCCGCCGCACACAAGGCGGAAGCUGCGUACGCGGACGCUGCGCACAAGGUUGACGAGACGCGGCAGAGCUGGGGCGCAUGGUUUGCCAGCUGGUUCGGCUACGGCAGUAGGAAGGCGGACGAGGCGAAGCGUGAGGCUGCUGCGCAGGUCGCGCAAGGGGCUGCGAAACUCGAGAAAGAGGCUGCGAAAAUCGAGAAAGAGGCUGGGAAACGCACAUGA